UAGGUUUGGGGGUGCCGAGGGUCACUGGCCCAGCAACAGGGAAGGGAAGGGCCCCCACGUUCCUGCCUUCGGGCACUACGGUGCCAGGGAGUGCGAGGGGGGGCUGCGGUGUCUGGCUCACCGGGGCUGUGCCCAGCAGUCUGCAACGCGGGGGUGGGACUGAUGGGCCCCCUGGAGACCUGCUCCGACCAGGCCAUGAGGACCCUCUUCGACGUGAAUUUCUUUGGGGCCGUCCGCACCAUCCAGGCGUUCCUGCCCGCCAUGAAGCGCCGCAGGGCCGGGCGGAUCAUCGUCUCCAGCAGCAUCGGGGGGCUGCAAGGGCUGCCCUUCAACUCCGUGUACUGCGCCAGCAAGUUUGCGGUGGAGGGGCUGUGCGAGAGCCUGGCCAUCGUCCUGCGGCCCUUCAACAUCCACCUGACGCUGGUGGAGUGCGGACCCGUCAACACCAGCUUCCUGGCCAACCUGCAGCGCCCGGACCCCGAGGGCAGCGAGCUGCGGGGCCUGGACGCCGAGACGCGGAGCCUCUACCGCCGGUACCUGCGGCACUGCCAGAGCGUCUUCCGCGAGGAGGCCCAGGAGGUGGAGGAGGUCCUGCAGGUGUUCCUGGAGGCCAUCGGCACCCCCUGCCCGCCCCUGCGCUGCCUCACCACCCGGCUCUUGGCCCCGCUCUCACGCCUGAGGCUGGCCAGCCCCGACGGCUCCGCGUACGUCCAGGCCAUGCACGACUUCGUGUUCGGCUGCGGCGAGGCCGGUGGGGACCAGCCCUGAGCAGAGCUGCCGUGAGCCCCGGGGGGCCGUGCCCUGCAGCCCCCCAGCCCUGCAACGCCCGUCCCGGCCGCGGGGUCUGUGUGUGUGUGCGGGGGGGGGGGGGUGUCGGUCCCAGCGUGUCGCCAAUAAAGCCCUUUCUGCAUCCGCA